AUUUAUUAACUUAGAAUUAUUGAAAAAUUAAUAAGUUAAAGUGUUUGGAUAUAUAAGAAGACAUUUUAAAAUAAUUUUUCUUUAACUCUUUGAAAUGAGAUUUUAAGAAAUCAAGAUUUCUAACUUUUUAAAACAACUCAUGACUUAUUAGGCGUACAAAAUAAAUAAAAGAUAAAAUUAAGUGAAACAAUUUUUAACUUAUUAACUUUUUAAUUUUUGAAACUAUAAAAACUAAUCCGAUCAUUUUUUUUAAAAAACUUUUUUUCCACUUUUAUAGACGUUUUUUUGGAUAAACUUAUGAAAUCCCAAUCACCCUCUUAAUUUAAAAAUCUAAGAGUCAUUAUUCAAUAUUGUGCUAGAUACGGUAUUUCAAACUAUUUACAAAAAACACCUUCAACCAUUUUUUUUUCCACCCCUGACAAAUCCACUAUUCUUUUUGGUUGGCGGUGGUUGUGGCGAGGGGUGGCGGUGGCGGGUGACUUGUCGCCGGUGAGAACAAUGCAAUGAAUAUUUGCACUCGAAUUUUUACAGCGACGGAAGAGUCUUUUAGUGGCGAUAUACGAGACUGGAGUUUGAGCAAAGAACGAAUUAUAAAACCCUACCGGAAGAGAGGAAGGAAAACAAAUAAAAUUGUACGCUCGAUGGAAAUUAGUGAGAGUUCGUCAACAUCACGGAAAAGACAACGAGGCGAAGUGGAGGCGAUACCUGAACCUCAAGGCUCCAAUCAAUCUCUUUCACUAGAUGUAUUAUGUCGAUGAUGUAGAAGAUAAUCUUAUAUUCAGCGACACCAUGGUUGCUCUUCGCAUGAUGCGCGGACAGUUUCCUCAUAUUGAUAAGGUUACUGUCGAGCCUUUUAUCUUACGAUCCCAAUUGUACAGCAGUGUGAAGGAUAGGACACAAGUUGAUAGAGAAUUAGAGUCAUUGAAGAGGGAGAAAGUUUUGCGCAUUUUCAAACUAAAUACUGGACAAGAUGAUCAUGCUGUAAUGUUUAUGGAAGAUUAUUUGAACCAGAUGAAACGGGCUGUGAAAAGCAUGGAAGCUAAAAAGCAAAGUGUUCUUCCAGUUUUUGAGUGGUUUGAAGUCCAUGUCAUCCAUAGCAAGCCUGAACCUUGUAUUGGACAUCAAGAGCUAUGUUCACUUUUAUCAAUAGGAGGAAAGGUAAAAGAUGAGGACAUAUCUCUUUUGAUAAAUGCUGGUCUUCUGACUCGUCAGCUUAUCGACCCUGACAUGUACUGGUUUGCAAUUCCAAAUAUCGGCUCACUUCUCAAGGCCCUCACACAGGGAAGAAAAGAGGUGAUGUCUCUACUUAAUCGUAAGAAAUACAAAGAGAUGAUGUUGAGUCUUGUUGAGAAGAAACGUCUGCGUUUCUCACCUUUGGAUAUCAGAUUUCAUCUGCGUGAUCUGCUUGGAUCUGGUCAUCUCAAAACACUCCACACGCCAGGUGGCAUAGUCAUUCGAGUCGUGAAGGAUUGAAAUUUGGUAAACACAAUACGCUACGCCUUCUGCUCUACCUAUAUAUAAUAUAUUAAUAUUUAAUAUACACUUUUCCUUUUACGUAAUCGUGUUUCAUUCAUCUUUUCUUGUCUUUUAUUUCAAAAUGCUCAUGUUCUGGUUGGUGGAUGCUCAUUCGUGAACCUUAUGAUUAUUUGUAAAUCUUGUCGCCUUUUUCUUUAUUCGUGCGAAACCUAUGCUUCAAAUUGUAAAAUUAUGAUGAAAUUAAGAAGACUCCAAAUGUUGCAUUUUCA